CUCCAUGAGGAAAAAAUGAAGGAACUGCAGGCUGUCCGAGAGAACCUGAUCAAGCAACAUGAGCAGGAGAUGGCACGGACGGUCAAAGUGCGUGAUGGGGAGAUCCAGAGGCUCAAGUCAGCCCUGUUUGCCCUCCGGGAUGGAAGCAGUGACAAAGUAAGGACAGCGUUGACCAUUGAGGCCCGUGAGGAGGCCCGGAAACUCUUUGACUCAGAACGUCUCAAGCUUCUACAGGAGAUCACUGACCUCAAGUCAGCCAAAAAACAGGUGGAUGAGGCACUGAACAAUAUGAUCCAGGCUGACAAAAUCAAGGCUGGGGACCUACGGAGUGAGCACCAGUCCCAUCAGGAAGCCAUCUCCAAGAUCAAAUGGGAAUGUGAGCGAGACAUCCGGAGGCUGAUGGAUGAAAUCAAGGCCAAGGACAGGAUCAUCUUUUCCCUGGAAAAAGAGCUGGAGACCCAGACAGGCUAUGUCCAGAAGCUCCAGCUUCAAAAGGAAGCUUUGGAUGAACAACUCUUCCUGGUGAAGGAGGCUGAGUGCAACAUGAGUAGCCCCAAACGAGAAAUUCCAGGAAGAGCUGGAGACGGCUCUGACCAUUGUGGCAGCCCUGACUUGCGGAGAAACCAGAAGAGAAUAGCUGAACUGAACGCCACUAUAAGGAAGCUAGAAGAUAGAAAUACAUUACUUGGAGAUGAAAGAAAUGAGUUGUUAAAACGUGUACGAGAAACUGAAAAACAAUGUAAGCCUCUCCUGGAAAGGAACAAGUGCCUCACCAAGAGAAAUGACGAGCUGAUGCUGUCCCUUCAGCGGAUGGAGGAAAAGCUGAAAGCUGUCACCAAGGAGAAUUCUGAAAUGAGAGAUAAAAUGUCAUCACAUCCUCCCUUGAAGAAGUUAAAGUCUCUGAAUGACCUUGACCAAGCUAAUGAAGAGCAGGAAACAGAAUUUUUAAAACUACAAGUCAUUGAGCAGCAAAACAUCAUUGAUGAAUUAACUAGGGACCGGGAAAAGCUUAUUCGUCGCAGAAAACAUAAAAGAAGUUCCAAGCCAAUUAAGAGGCCUAUUUUGGACCCAUUUAUUGGAUAUGAUGAUGACUCCAUGGAUUCAGAGACAUCAUCUAUGGCCUCCUUUAGGACAGACAGAACACCAGCCACUCCAGAUGAUGACUUAGAUGAGAGUUUAGCAGCAGAAGAAUCUGAGCUUCGGUUUCGCCAGUUAACGAAAGAAUACCAGGCUCUCCAGAGAGCAUAUGCCCUUCUGCAGGAGCAGACUGGAGGCAUCAUAGAUGCUGAAAGAGAAGCCAAGGCCCAGGAGCAGCUUCAAGCAGAAGUGCUCAGGUAUAAAGCCAAAAUUGAAGACCUGGAGGCAACCUUGGCUCAGAAGGGACAGGAUUCACACUGGGUAGAAGAUAAACAACUUUUCAUUAAGAGAAACCAGGAGCUUUUAGAAAAGAUAGAAAAACAGGAGACAGAAAACAACCGAUUACAACAAGAACUACAGGAUGCCAGAGACCAGAAUGAGCUAUUGGAGUUCCGGAACCUGGAGCUAGAAGAAAGAGAAAGAAGAUCACCUCCAUUUAAUCUACAAAUUCAUCCAUUCUCCGAUGGUGUAAGCGCUCUACAAAUAUACUGCAUGAAAGAAGGUGUCAAGGAUGUGAGCAUCCCAGACCUCAUUAAACAACUUGACAUUCUCGGUGACAAUGGGAAUUUACGGAAUGAAGAGCAAGUGGCCAUUAUUCAGGCCAGCACUGUGCUUUCCCUUGCAGAAAAGUGGAUCCAGCAGAUUGAAGGGGCAGAAGCUGCACUACAUCAGAAGAUGAUGGAACUGGAGAGUGACAUGGAACAAUUCUGCAAGAUCAAAGGUUACCUGGAGGAAGAACUAGACUAUAGGAAACAAGCACUUGAUCAAGCUUAUAUGAGAAUCCAGGAAUUGGAAGCCACUUUAUAUAAUGCUUUGCAGCAAGAAACUGUAAUCAAGUUUGGAGAAUUGUUAAGUGAAAAGCAACAAGAAGAACUAAGGACAGCAGUAGAAAAGUUACGGAGGCAGAUGCUGAGAAAGAGCAGAGAAUAUGACUGUCAGAUACUUCAGGAGAGAAUGGAGCUACUACAACAAGCCCACCAGAGAAUCCGAGACUUAGAAGACAAAACUGACAUCCAGAAAAGACAAAUAAAGGAUUUGGAAGAAAAGUUUCUGUUCCUAUUCUUGUUCUUCUCUCUUGCCUUUAUUCUUUGGCCUUGA